AUGCCUCUCUCUCACCGAGAUCACACCGUGGCCUGUAUCUGCCCCAUGGGGGUGGAGCUGGCUCCCGUCGAAGCCAUGCUGGAGGAAAUACACCCCCUCCUACCAACCGUGCGCGAGCAGAAUAGCUAUACCUUGCGGAAACUGGGAGAACACAACGUAGUCGUUGCAGUGCUCCCAGUGGUUGGAAACAACGCGGCUGCGGUUGUCGCCGUGCAACUGCUGAACGAUUUUCCUGCCAUCCGCUUCGGCUUGCUCGUCGGCAUUGGCGGAGGCGUACCUGAUCCGGAGGAGGAUGGUGAUGAUAUUCGAUUGGGAGACGUGGUGAUUAGCAAGCCAACGUCCACUUUUGGUGGAGUGGUACAAUAUGACUUGGGUAAAUACUCGACGAGUGGUGGCUUCGAACGGACCGGCACAUUGAAUAAGCCCCCUCUUCUCCUCCGAAAUAGUGUGGAAUCCCUGGUGGCUGCUCACCGAAGGAAAGGCUCACAAGUGGGACAAUAUCUCGCCGAGAUGCUGCACAAGAAUCCGGUCAUGGAGGAAGAAUACGCCCACCCUGGGGCACAACAAGAUCAGCUGUUCCAAGCGGACUAUCCUCAUCCAGGCGGACCAAAUUGCAAGAAUUGUGACAAGCAACGGGUUGUUGACAGAGACGAUCGCCGCAAUACGAGCCCCAAGUUUCACUACGGUACCAUCGGCUCGGCCAAUACGGUGGUCAAGGAUGCCGUAUUACGGGAGGAGUUGAGACGAGUGUUGAAGAUAAAGUGUGUGGAAAUGGAAGUUGCCGGAUUGAUGGAUUCGUUUCCGUGCCUGGUGAUUCGUGGCAUUUGCGACUAUGCCGAUUCACAUAAGAACAAAAAGUGGCAGCCGUAUGCGGCAGCAACGGCGGCAGCAUAUAUGAAAGAACUGUUGUCGGCCAUAGCGGCGCAGGAAGUGACCAAAAUACCAAACGCAACCACCGUGGUGGAGAUUUCACAGUAUGACAAAGGAUUGAACCUCUAUGAUGCUCCUGAUAUAGCUGAAAGACUCUUUAUCGGACGAGGAGCCGAACUGGAGAAGAUGCAGAAAGUCCUACAACCAUCUAAAAGUGCCGACUUAACUCGAAAGGUGCUCAUUCUGGGAGGGAUGGGUGGCAUCGGCAAAACGCAAUUGACCCUCGCAUACGCCGUGCGCCAGGUGGCAAAUCGUAUUUCGAGUCCAGCGACGGUCAACCAGCUUGAUGAUGACCAGAUGUACACUGUCGUAUCAAACUGGCUGUCUGAGCCAGAUAACAAUCGGUGGCUACUGAUUUUCGAUAAUCACGACGAACCAACUCAAUAUCAGAUUACCAAAUAUUAUCCGGCCGUGGCUCACGGCUCUAUUAUCAUCACUACUCGAACGCCAGAGGAUCUUGUGGGCGAACAGAUCAAAAUCCAACAUCUGACGGAAGAAGAGGAUGGUUUACAAAUACUUGCCUCUCGAUCGGGUCGGCUAACCAUCUCUUUCGAUCCGGGAAGUCUUCCGUUGGCUCGUCGACUCGACGGCUUACCACUCGCACUGGCCACCGCCGGCGCAUUUCUCAAGCAAACGCCUGUCGACUGUACCACAUAUCUGCAGCGAUAUGAAGAAGUGUGGCAAGUGAGCCAGACACGGGUCAGCCAACUCCCUGAGUACCCUAGCCGCACCCUAUACACGACAUGGAGUUUAUCACUGGCACAAAUCGAGAACGAGAUGCCUCUAGCUGCCCGACUGCUCGCUUUUCUGGCAUAUCUCGACCACCAGCACAUCUGGUAUGAGCUACUGAGCGGAUGCAAAGACUCCAAUCAGCCAUCGUGGUUUCGAGAACUGACCAGUCAAAAGUUCGUAUUUAUAGAGGCGAUCCACAUUGGAGCUGACGACUGGGAGUAUAUGUCUGACAGUCGAUAUCAACUAUUCGUUGGACACGCGAUGCGGCUCGUCCAUGGACGAUUCGCUGUAGUGGCGGAUCAGCAACAUUCGAUAUCUAGACGCCUUGAUCAGAUCGAUUACCUGGCACAAUUGCUUCAAGGUCAAAUCCAACUCGAUUCAGCACAGCGAAUGUAUCUCCUGGCAGUAGCCGGGAGAGAAAAGGCGUUGGGUUGGGAGCACAAGUCAACGCUCAACACAGUCCACAACCUAGGGUCCUUGUAUGCUGACCUCGGCCGACUGGAAGAGGCGGAGCAGAUGUACUCGCGAGCGCUGGCCGGAUUCGAGAAGGCGCUGGGUCGGGAGCACACGUCAACCCUUCUCACGACGAUGCAUACGGGAACUCUGUUGUGCCUGCAAGGUCAUUUAUCCAUGACGGAGGGCAUGUACCAACACACGAUGUCCGGCCUCCAACGCUUGCUUGGACCGCAUCACAUCCAUGUCCUUGGCACAGCUAACAAUAUGGCUAACCUCUACUCGAAGCAGCAUAAAUGGGAUGAGGCGCAGGAAAUGUAUGUCCAAGUGGAAGCUGACAUGAGUCGAACCCUAGGAAAAGAUCAUUACUUCAUCUUCGGCGUGAUCAACAAUCAUGGGCUUUUGUGUGCUGAACGAGGAGAGUUUGCAGCCGCCCGGCGAAUGUAUGAAGAAGCAGAAUCUGGCUUUGAAAGAUCGCUGGGAUCCGAUCAUCCUCACACCAGGAUGGUGUGCUAUAACAUAGAACAGCUGAACCUCUCAGAAGAUGACCUAUUCAGGCCGAAUUGA